UAAUGUCUCGACAUAAACAUAAUGAGGAGACGGACAAGCUUACGCGUAUCGCGAUCGUGAACGCUGACCGUUGCAAACCUAAGAGAUGCAGACAAGAGUGCAAGAAGAGCUGCCCAGUGGUACGCAUGGGGAAGCUGUGCAUCGAGGUGACUCCCAAUGACAAGAUCGCCACUAUUUCCGAGGAGCUAUGCAUCGGGUGCGGUAUUUGUGUCAAGAAAUGUCCAUUUGACGCGAUCACGAUCAUCAACAUCCCGUCGAACCUUGAGAAGCACACCACGCAUCGUUAUUCCAAGAAUUCUUUCAAGCUCCAUCGGCUGCCGAUCCCCCGCCCCGGUGAAGUCCUUGGGCUAGUCGGUCAGAAUGGUAUUGGCAAGUCGACUGCUCUCAAGAUCCUUGCUGGCAAGCAGAAGCCUAAUCUUGGGCGUUUUGCUGAUCCCCCGGACUGGCAAGAGAUAUUGUCUCACUUCCGCGGCUCAGAGCUGCAGAAUUACUUCACAAAGAUUCUUGAAGAUGAUCUGAAGGCCUUGAUCAAACCUCAGUAUGUUGAUCAGAUUCCCAAGGCUGUAAAAGGAACUGUUGCACAAUUACUUGACAAGAAAGAUGACUUGAAAAACCAAACUGAAAUCUGCAGAAUGCUCGAUCUAUCACACAUUCGCGACCGUGAGAUUGCGGCGUUAUCGGGAGGGGAGCUGCAGCGCUUCGCGUGUGCCAUGGUGUGCAUCCAGAAUGGUGACAUCUUCAUGUUCGACGAGCCGUCUUCUUAUCUCGAUGUCAAACAGCGUCUCAACGCCGCGCGCACAAUCCGUUCGCUCAUGCAUCCCGAUAAGUUCAUUAUUGUAGUGGAGCACGACUUGUCAGUAUUGGACUAUUUGUCUGAUUUUAUCUGCUGCCUGUAUGGUGUGCCUGGUGCCUACGGUGUUGUGACUAUGCCAUUUUCCGUGCGGGAAGGCAUCAACAUUUUCCUCGACGGCUUUGUGCCAACAGAAAACAUGAGAUUUAGGACAGAAUCUCUUGUUUUCAAAGUGGCAGAAUCAGCUACAGAGGAAGAAAUUAAAAGGAUGAACCACUAUGAAUACCCUGAAAUGACGAAGAAAAUGGGCGACUUCUUUCUCCGCGUGAUGCCUGGAGAAUUUUCCGAUUCCGAGAUUUUGGUGCUACUUGGUGAGAAUGGCACUGGGAAAACCACUUUUAUUAGAAUGCUAGCUGGAAACCUGGAGCCAGAUGAAGGGUCCGGCUCGCUGCCACAACUGCAUAUUAGCUAUAAGCCCCAGAAGAUCUCACCUAAGUCACAGGGGCUAGUACGCUCACUACUGCAUGAUAAGAUUAGAGAUGCUUAUGUACAUCCACAGUUCAUAACUGAUGUGAUGAAACCUAUGAAGAUAGAAGAAAUCAUGGACCAGGAGGUGCAGAACCUAUCAGGAGGAGAGUUGCAACGCGUUGCGCUCGUAUUGUGCCUAGGGAAACCCGCGGACGUAUAUCUUAUUGAUGAGCCGUCGGCCUACCUAGAUUCCGAACAGCGUUUGGUUGCUGCCAAGGUCAUCAAACGGUUCAUUCUACACGCAAAGAGGACGGGUUUCGUAGUAGAGCACGAUUUCAUCAUGGCAACGUACCUGGCGGACCGAGUCAUCGUCUUCGAAGGCACGCCGUCAGCGCAUGCUACCGCUCAUGGCCCGCAGUCGUUACUCAACGGCAUGAACCGCUUCCUGGAACUGUUGGGCAUCACCUUCCGAAGAGACCCCAACAAUUUCCGACCCAGGAUCAAUAAGCAUUCUUCAGUCAAGGACAUAGAGCAGAAAAGAGCGGGCCAAUACUUUUUCCUAGAAGACUAGUAACUGUUAUAUUUCACGCAACUUAAGCAAUAAAUUCGUUAUCUACUGCUAGAUUCGUUUACUACAUGUUAUAAGCCACACCAUGAUUUAUAUAUACAAUUUAUGUAUGUUAUUUUUACAAUUGACAUUAUUGUGUAUAAACAGGCUAACCG